AGCCUACAGGGACUCAAGCAAGCCUCGCUCUGCUUCCUCUUCUCCUUGGUUAAUAAUACUAGUAGUAAGCAUAUACUAGCACUAGCUAGUAAGCCAUGGCGCCGACCGUGAUGGCCUCGUCGGCCACCUCAGUUGCUCCAUUCCAGGGGCUCAAGUCCACCGCCGGACUCCCCGUGAGCCGCCGCUCCAUCAGCACCGGCUUCGUCAGCAACGGCGGAAGGAUCAGGUGCAUGCAGGUGUGGCCGGCGGAGGGCAACAAGAAGUUCGAGACCCUCUCCUACCUGCCACCUCUCUCCACGGACGAGGUCCUGAAGCAGAUCGACUACCUGAUCCGGAAGAACUGGAUCCCCUGCCUCGAGUUCAGCAAGAUCGGGUUCGUCUAUCGUGAGAACAGCACGUCUCCCUGUUACUACGACGGGCGCUACUGGACCAUGUGGAAGCUGCCCAUGUUCGGCUGCACCGAGGCCACCCAGGUGUACGCUGAGUUCGAGGAGUGCAAGAAGGCCUACCCCGACUGUUACAUCCGUAUCAUCGGCUUCGACAACAUCAAGCAGGUGCAGUGCGUCAUGUUCAUCGCCUACAAGCCCCCGGGCAGCGAGUAGACCGGCGGCGCCAAAUAAAAAGCUUAAAUACCUGUCCGUCUCAGUUCAACACCGCUUGAUUAUCUCCAUUUUUCCCCAUCUGAACGCUUCUGUAACUAUUGGGCGAGCAUGCGUGCCCAUGAGCAAUGCUACCAUUGGCUUGCUAAACAUGUGAAUGCAUGGUACAUAGCUCCGGCUAUACCUUUGCACAUAGUGAUAUAUUUACACGAAUGUAUACACAGCGAUCAUAUUCAUACGACAAUGUACCACUAGAUUGCCAAUUCGUUGGAACAUUAUAACAUGGUUGUUUUACUUACGUAAAUGAUCAUAUGAUAAUACAAGGAAAAAGUGUAUUUUUCA